UACCUCGCCCUCUCAGUCUUUGUCUCUGUCUCAUCUGAAGCUCAAAACUCAAAAAAGUGUUAAACUCUUGAUUCAAGAAAUGGGAACCCUUGGAAGAGCCAUAUACACCGUUGGGUCGUGGAUUCGAGGUACCGGACAGGCCAUUGAUCGCCUCGGUUCCCGCUUCCACGGCGGCUAUUACAUCGAAGAGCAGCUGUCUAGACAUCGAACUCUGCUGAAUAUCUUUGACAAGGCUCCUGUUCUUGAUAAGGAUGUGUUUGUUGCACCUAGUGCCGCCGUUAUCGGAGAUGUGCAGAUUGGAAAGGGGUCGUCGGUUUGGUAUGGAUCUGUAUUGAGAGGUGAUGUUAACAGCAUCAGAGUUGGAAGUGGAACUAACAUACAGGAUAACUCCCUGGUGCAUGUUGCAAAGACAAACCUAGGUGGGAAGGUGUUGCCUACUAUAAUUGGGGAUAAUGUUACUGUAGGUCACAGUGCUGUUUUACAUGGCUGUACUGUUGAGGAUGAGGCUUUUGUUGGUAUGGGUGCAAUUCUACUCGAUGGUGUAGUUGUUGAGAAAAAUGCCAUGGUUGCUGCUGGAGCCCUUGUGAGGCAGAACACAAAGAUUCCAUCUGGCGAGGUUUGGGCAGGCAAUCCAGCCAAGUUUCUGAGAAAGCUCACCAAUGAAGAGAUAGCUUUUAUCUCCCAGUCAGCCACCAAUUAUACUAACCUUGCACAGGUCCAUGCAGCUGAAAAUUCGAAGUCCUAUGAUGAAAUUGCGUUUGAGAAGGUGCUGCGUAAGAAGUAUGCAACUAAAGAUGAGGAAUACGACUCUAUGUUGGGUGUUGUUCGUGAGAUCCCACCAGAACUUAUUCUUCCUGAUAAUAUCUUGCCUGAUAAAGCAAACAAAGCUCUUCAAAAUUGAGAUCUUUAAAAGGAGUGUCUUCAAUUCUAAUCUUGAAAUGUCAUAAAGGGGUAUUGUUUUUUUUUUUUCAUUUCAAAUUCAUGGAAGAGGGAUAGUUUUGGAUCCUAAUAACACCAAACAUUUUCUAGGCUAGAGUUAUGGCUCAUUCUAAGUUCCAGGAAGCAAUUGCUUAUAAUAUUUCAAACAAUGUUCUCCACUUUGGGAAAGGCAAGUGGAUGGUAGGAUUGUGUUUGUCGAACUUUAGUGUUUGAUGUAUUCAAUUCCAGUGAUUUCAUUUUA